CUGGUUUCCCCUACGUUUGAAAUUUACGACCUCAACGAAGGAAAAGAAUCCGCGUGGGUGAUCGCGACGAGGCAACGAAACGCGAAAUUGCCACGGCAACAAAUAGAAUAUGACUAACUUCAGAAAGCAUAGUAAUUUCAUUAACCUCUUCCCUUACUUAUUUUUAUUUAAACGUACACAUCAAUUUUCAAGAUGGUUAUAUUACACGACGAAGAAUAUUACAGAAGUAGAGUACCUCAACCCGAUUUAGGAGCUCUGAAAAAUUUUCUACGGUUUGUUUGGAACAAAGAACGAAAAACCUUAUUUGAUAGAACAGCCAAAGAGUGGGGUAAUUUUAAUAUUUAACUUAUCAUCAAACAAUAUUUAAUAUUACUUUUACGCGUUGGAAUCAAAGGCCAUAGAUCUACGCUUUGUGAGAUGAACUGCAAAUUCUGACCACGUAGAUCUACCCUCUUUUGCAGUCUCAAGCAUCCAUGAACAGUAGACUUUGAAACAUCGACCCGGGCUAAAUAUAUUAAUUUUGUUAUCCUAAAUAAAUGUUCCAAACAUUGAAGAAAAUUAGGGAGAAGUUAAAAAUUCCUGAAAUAAAUAUGAAAUUUAAGCUUUGUCCACAGAUGCGUUGUAUCAAUUUAACCUCAUCCGAUUUUGUUUUGCUACCUUGAAAUUUAUUCCCCGAAAUUGUGUUAACGCGAAACACAUGUUUCAAAUUCAGGUCAAUUGGGAAUAUUUUACUUGGCUUUCUUUACUGUUCUGGGAUCAAUCUUCGCGAUACAAAUGAAGAUCAGUAUUGAUUAUGUUACCAAAUUGAAGCAACCGUUAUUUCAAUACCACGGCGUCUCUUCAAGGUCCAUUGGAAAGAGGUUCGCUAUUUUCCGUCCUCUUUGGCAAUUCGAGAAUCCAGGAAUAGUUUUCAAACCAAACAGCGUGUCGACUACAUCACCUCUAAUUUUGAUAAACAGUGCGAAUGUUAACAGCCGACCGAAGCGGUAUGUUCAAGCGUUGGAUGACUUUUUUCAAGGUAUUCAACAGGUAUCCACUAGAAAUAUGCAAAAGUUUUCAUCGUUUUCAAGGCAAUCUUUUAAAGUACCUGAUAGAACAUUUUCAAUUAAAAUAUUUCGCCAUUUACCAAUCAAAAGAUGCAAACAUGAAAUUAUUAAUAAGAUAAUAAUUAUAAUUAUUAGAUUAUUGUAUAUCAAAUGGAGAUCACUAUUUAUAUGUACACUAUUUAUUUUAGAGUACAGUAAAAAUAUGUCAAAUUAUAACUUGAAUUGUCAAGAGGGUAAAGCGAAUUAUUUCGAGAAGCCUUGUUUUUUUGAUAUAAAAAAAUUAGGAUCAUGUAGUAAAUCCCCAUAUGGAUACACAGAACCUAUGCAGCCGUGUGUCUUAAUUAAAUUCAAUAAGAGGUUCGAUUGGAUACCUGAGUGUUAUAAUAGAUCUUCGAAUUUACCCGAGACUAUGCCGGAUGGUUUGAAAAAAAUGGUGCGAGAAUCUGAUAAGUUGCACAUAUGGUUAUCGUGCGAUGGACUAAAUAAUGUCGAUAAAGAGCACAUGGGAGAAAUAGAGUAUAAUCCAAGACCUGGAUUUCCAGUCGAAUUCUUUCCAUUUACCGGACAGCCUGAUUAUUUAUCUCCCGUCGUUGCGCUACAAUUCAAGAACUUAACACCAAAUCGGUUGGUAACGAUCGACUGUAAUUUGUGGGCUUCCAAUAUCAGGCGCCAGUCUGGUUGUUCGUUAGAUUUUCAAAUAAUAAUAGCAAAUUAAUUGACACACCUAUAAAACGGAAUAAAAUCUGGUUUAAAGAAAGAAAUCUUGUUUAAGAAGCAAGCAUUGGUAUAAUCCAUUUCAAUAACCAAAGAAAAAUGAUCUUAAUAAUGUAAUACUUUUCUU